UCCUUCCUCUGCAUGUCCAUAAAUACACUCCUAAUACCAAUACCAUACUCCACACUCACUAAACUUCAAUCUCUAAAAUCCUCUCCUUAAAUAAAACUUUUAUCUCGUUUCACCAUUUCUGUUUCUUCCUCUUUGUGCAGACAUGUCUGAAUCAGUAACUGGAGAGAGAUUUCGAAUUGGUUACGCUCUUGCACCUAGAAGUCUCAGUAGUUUUAUCCAAGAUUCUCUCCUCAUUCAUGCCAAAGAACAAGGCGUUGAUCUCAUUCCUAUCGAUCUUGAUAAACCAUUGGUCGAACAAGGUCCGUUUGAUUCUGUCUUUCACAAACUCUACGACUCUGAAUGGAAGAAACAGUUAGAAGAAUUCUCCCUCAAAAACCCAACUUCCAUAAUCGUCGACCCGAUUGAAUCCAUUGAGAAGUUACACAAUCGAGUUUCCAUGCUCGACGUAGUCAGUCAAUUGAAAAUGGAGAAUCUUGGUAUACCCCUACAAGCUUUCGUUAAUUCAAACGAUUCUGAAUCCCUACUAGACGUUGUCACUCGUGAAGGGUUGAAGUUUCCCAUAAUUGCAAAAGCGAUGCUCGCAAAUGCAACAGCUGACGCUCAUCAGAUGUAUUUAGUCUUAAACAAAGACGGAUUAAACGGAAUUAAACCACCAAUUGUGUUACAGGAAUUCGUGAACCACGGGGGAGUUAUUUUUAAGGUUUACGUAGCAGGUGAUCACGUGAAAUGUGUUAAAAGGAAGUCGUUGCCUGAUAUAACAGAGGAGAAAAUGGAAAAUUCAGAGAGUUUAAUUCCUUUUUCUAUGAUAUCUUAUUUUGCUGAUCAAGAACACAAUGAUGAGAGUGUUACAAAAAUGAUGGAAGCGGCUGAGAUGCCUCCUAUGGGGUUCAUAAAUGAAGUUUCUAAUCAGCUGAGGACUGAUAUGAAUCUGCAUCUAUUUAACUAUGAUAUGAUAAGAGAUAAUAGAGUUGGAAAUCGAUAUCUUAUUAUUGAUAUUAAUUACUUUCCUGGUUAUGCUAAAGUGCCUGAAUAUGAAACUAUGUUGACUCCUUGUUUUUUUGAUCUUGCACAAGAGAAGCGAAGAAGAGAGACUGGUAAUUUCGAGAAGGAGAAUAAGAUUCAUGAGGCAGAUUCUAAUGGUCAGAAUAAGACUCAUGAGACAGAUUCUAAUAAUGGUCACAAUAUCUCCUAGUUGUUCUACAUAUUUGGUCAAUAAUUUAGAAUAAAGUACCGAUUGAGAUAUAGGGCUUUUACUGUUUUUAUUUCAUUAUAUUGGACUUGCAUGUAAUGUAUGGUGGGCAAAUAUGUGGAUUGAAGAGCCUAAUUUCAAUAAAAUUGCUUGAGAAUGAGUUGGUGGA